GAAAAUCUGUUAACUUUUUCAUUUUCCCAAACUACUUUUCAAACAAUAUUUUUUUAAUUUCUUUCACCAGCAAGUCAGCCACCUGAUUUCGUGAUUCGAUCAACAAACCCGAACCUUUCGAAAUUACAAAACCAAAUCCUGAGAAUCUCAAUUUCCCAUCUCUGAUUCUUUUUUUUUCUAACUUGUUUUCUUCCCUAUUUUCUUUAUGAAAUUAAACUACUAAAAGAUGCAGUCUCUUGAAAGCAUCACAGAUUCCUCAUUUCCUCAAAACCCUAACAAUUCUUCUUCUUCUUCUGUUAAUGGGUUGUAUGGAUGGCUCUUUGAAUGUCAUGGAAUUUGGCAUAACUUAGCUCUUGUUAUUCCUUCUCUUCUAUUUGUUCUUUUCUUAGGUUUUCAAGCCAAAAGAAGCUUCCAAAAGCUCUCUCAUGGCAGGUCUUAUAUCAUGAUUUCUUAUUACGGUUGCCUUUGGCUUGUUAGCUUGCUCAAUCUUGCUUGGUGUUCUCUUCAGGCCUGGGAAUGCAGUCCUGGAAAGGAAAUGACAUGGAAUAUCUUAUCGUUGUUUACAACUUCUGGGAUGCUGUUCCUGGAAGUUAGCUUGGUGGCAUUUUUACUUCAAGGAAAUUAUGCUAGUGGGUUGGAGGCUUUGACUCGAACAUUUGUUGUUUCGGGGCUUAUUGUUGGUUUGGACUUACUUCUGAAGGCUAUUUACCUAUUUGGAUUUGGUGUCCCUAUGUUCACUGACAACACCGAACAUACACAUCAAGUGAAAUGGGGCUUGUGGGUUGUUCACAGGCUAGUGCUGACUGCUAUUUAUGGCUUCAUACUGUUUAUGUACCACUCUAAGUGGAGAGAAAGGUUACCUGCAAGACCUGCAUUCUACAAAUAUGUUGCAAUCAUGUUCAUCUUGAAUGCACUAGCACUGAUUGCUUGUGGACUAACUGGAAAUGGUGCUAGUUUUGGGUUUUGGUUGUACAGUGCCACAAUUGUUUGCUACCACGCCUUGUACCUUCCUCUUCUGUAUAUAACUUUUCUGGCAGAUUUUUUCCAGGAGGAAGACUUGCACUUAGAGAAUGUGUACUAUUCAGAGAUGAAAGAUGCUGGUUUCUUUGAUGCUGACUGGGAGUGAGCACUGUAUCAACUUUGAAUUACUAGAUUCCCUUUUCGUUAGGAUCUGUAAAUGAAAUUAAAUGCAAUUCAGAUUGUAAAAUGUUUGAUGAAAGGGAUGGUUGAUCGAUGCAUGCAUGUAGUAUUUAUAGAUACUGCUCUGGUAAUGGCGACGGUAAUCCUGUAGCUCGUAUAUUUGUAAUAAUCUCCUGUUUUAUAAAUUUAAGUUGAUUGCAAAUAAAACUUGUUCAAUCUUCUUGUAGCAAAAAAACUAGAAGCAUUGUGUACGUUCUUGUAGAAUUUCUCUUUUAGUUUUUGUGUUAUUGUAAUAAAAUUCCAAUUAACAGCUUCAUGUUGAUGGUGUUUAUGCAUACUAAUAGAUUGGUUAUC